AGUCUCCCUGUUUCGCUCUUGCGCAGAACGGAAUCAGUAACCCAGUCGUUCAUUCUCUUUCUCCAUUGAAAUGGCUUUCAAUUCCAUCUCCCUCCCUAAGCACUCUCUCCCACCAUCACUCCCCUCAAUAAACCCUAAAUGCCCAUCUUCCCAAAUCAUCCCCAUUCUCUCCCAAUCAUCACAGUCGCAAUUCUACGGUGUAAAGCUUUCUACUACUUCUUCUUCUGUUUCAGUCCCAGCUAUUCCCUCCCUGAGAACUUCCAUUUUUGCCAAGGUUUCGAAAGGUCAGGUGCCUCCUUCCUUCACGUUGAAAGAUCAGGAAGGAAGGAAUGUGAGUCUCUCCAAAUUUAAAGGAAAACCAGUUGUACUCUAUUUCUACCCUGCUGAUGAAUCCCCUGGCUGCACUAAGCAGGCCUGUGCUUUCAGGGAUUCCUAUGAGAAAUUUAAGAAAGCCGGAGCUGAAGUUGUAGGGAUUAGUGGCGAUGAUACGGAAUCCCACAAGGCGUUUGCGAAGAAAUACCGGCUGCCGUAUACGUUGCUGAGUGACGAAGGAAACAAGGUGAGGAAAGAGUGGGGAGUGCCGGCGGAUCUGUUCGGAACAUUGGCAGGGAGAGAGACUUAUGUUCUUGACAGAAACGGUGUGGUUAAACUCGUCUACAACAAUCAAUUCCAACCUGAGAAGCACAUCGACGAGACUCUCAAUCUCCUUCAGAGCCUUUGAUCUAUCUCUGUUCUAAAUUGGGCUUUUCCAUCUUAGUUAUGGUUUUUGUCUGUCUUUUUUAAAACUAUUUUCCUCCUCGUUUCUUUCAGAUUUAUGGGUUAUUAAUCUAUCUAUUUGCAUUCCUUUUAAGUGGGAACUUUCCCAUUAUUGACAGAAAUGCAUGUUUGUAGUUGUUAAUGAGUUCCUAAGAACUUAGACUACUACA